CCUCCCCCCUUUCCCUCUCCCUCUCGCCACCCACAAACCCUAACCCUAGCUCUCCGCUCACGCCUCGCCGCCGCCCCAUCUUCGCAGCGAGGUAGCGCCCCCGGCUAGCCCAUCCCAUCUUCUCGAGACGAGCCGCCCGCCCGCCCGCCGCGCCAUGGAGGGGUUCGGGAACCCUCCGCUCAGCGCCGCCGCCGAAGUCGUCAUGAAGAAGAGGCCCAGGAGCGUCGCCUCCAGGAAGCCACGGCCCAAGGAGCAGCUCGCCUCCGAGUACAAGGACAUCUCCUGUGCGCCCUCCCCGGACGACCACCUCGGCACCACCCACCGCAGCAGGAAGGAGCUCUUUCUCAACGGCCCACAAAUCAGGGGCUCCAGGCCGCACGACGUGUCCAACAAGGCCAGGAGAGAGGACAGGGAUCACGAUGCUGCCCACGCUCGCACUGGCGCUGUAAAGCAGCAUAGCAGCCCAGCACCGUCCUGCUCGACAAACUCAGGACCCCCACUCGACGCCUCACACUUGCCCUCACAAGGAGACACCACUAAUGCGCCGCCACCACCAAAUAGGUUGAGAAAAGUUAAGCUCAAGGUUAGCGGACUUAACCCGACUAUGCAGACCAAACCCAUCCAAGAGGUUGCUGACGCCGGCACUCCUGGCACGUCCGAUGCCUCUUCUCAUCGCCAUAAGCACAAGGAUUCUGGUGAGCAGAAGCAUUACAGUAGAAGCAAAGAUACUCAUGGUAAUCGCACUGAUGGAAAACGUGGAGAUAAGCAUGACAUUUCACCAUCUUCUGACCUUGUUCGCAAGAGCAAAAGGGUUCCUAAGAAGCGAACUCUUGAUUCUGAUGAUGAAGAUGGUGAAUUACGUUAUCUUGAAAAACUUAAGGUGGCCAAAGCUGCACAAGAACAUCCCAUAGCUACUAACAGUCCUCUAGCUUAUGGUUAUGGUGAGGAUGGUCUCAGGAAAAAGAAGCUAUCCAAGGUUUCUAGAACUAAGGGCUCUCCAUAUGAAGUGGACAAUGACUUCACAAUGUCACAAUCUAGCAGAGAUGAUAGGAAAAGCUUGGAAUUGGAGGAUGGUGAUGAUUUUAUUGAAGAGGAUGAAUCUGGGUUGGAUGAGCCUAGGAGACUGAAGGAAGCUGAUUCACCUUCAAGUGUAAAGGUUGAAGCUCCUGGCCUCACAACCAGGCAGCGAGCCCUUCAUGGCAGGGGUGGCCAUGGUGAAAGUGUGAUUGAAUAUCCUGACGGAUUGCCAGCUGCUACAUCAAGAAAGCAAAAGGAGAAGCUUCCAGACGUGGAGAUACAAGCCAAGAAAGCAGAAGUGGCUCAGAGGCGUAAGAUGCAAGUUGAGAAGGCAGAGAGGGAGCAACAGGCUGAAGCAAUGAGGAAAAUACUUGGGAUUGAUACUGAGAAGAAAAAGGAAGAGAGGAAACAGAAAGAACGGGAAGACAAGGAAAAACAAGCAAGGUUUGAGGAAUAUAAAAGAAGCUGUAUACAGUGUGUCAUGGGACCAGAAGGAACUGUUAUUACAUUCCCUGAAUCCAUUGGCCUGCCUAGCAUAUUUAGUUCGAAACCUAGCAGCUAUCCUCCUCCAAGGGAGAAGUGCGCAGGCCCGUCGUGCCCAAACCCUUACAAGUACCGUGACUCCAAGACAAAGCUUCCACUCUGCAGUCUGGAGUGCUACAAGGCUGUCCAGGGAAGCAAUCGGACCAUGGCAUGCUGAUCCCGCAAGUAAUACCGCAACCUUAAACACCAGGGAGCUGGAGAACUGUGUAUUUUGCCUAAUGCCAGCUUGUUUGCUGUUUCUGUGACAUGCCUUAUAACUGUCUAAUGACCGAGCGCAUCGGCGACAGAUGAGGUGCUUGCUUGCUGGUUUCCCUUUUUGGCUCCAGCUGUGGAUGCAAGCAGGGCCUUGUAAAAGAGUUUGGUUCAUGUAUGUGCUGUCUGACAAGUGGGGAAUUAACCAUAUCCAUUGUACAGUAGUCUGAGGCUUCAUGUGGUGUUACUGCGUUAGUAAUGAUGAAAUGAGCUGUCUUUGGUUGA